AUGCGAAUCAAACUGACCCGCCUUUUCAGUGUUUCCAUAUUCGCUAUCACAUGUACUCCCCUGACACAGGCUGAGGUGUCUGAGCUGAAGGAGGUCAAGCCUCGUGAGCGUUUGGAUCAUUCAAAGGUGAUCUCCAUGCUGCUGACCGACACAGGGCUGGUUCGGAGGGAACCGAAGCCGCAUCACAGAAGCAUUGUGAAAUGUGACACGACUCAGGGAGCAAUCACGAUUGAACUGGAUUCCAUGCAGUCUCCACAAGGAGCGCGGAGGUUGUUGGACUUGGUUCGUGACGGCUUCUUCUCAGACCAAGCGAUUUUCAAAGCGGUGAGAGGCUUUGUGGCACAGUUCGGCAUCAGCGACAACAGCGACAUGAACGAAAAGUGGUCGCCGACUAUUCCAGAUGAUGAGCGAACACAAGGAAGUUUCCUUCCGAAAGGCACCGUUUUCCUGGCUGCAGAUCGGCCCAACGCUAGAAGCACGCAAGUUGCUGUGGCACUGGCGGAUCUCUCGCUGACGGAGCACGGACGGAGGCCCAUCGCCCCUUGGGAGACACCGAUUGGCCGGGUCGAUUUGGCUGAUCUGCCUGUGCUUGAUCGUCUCUUCACCGGUUACGCAGAUGGUGUGGACGAGAAGGAGCUACUUCGGCAUGGGAAUUCCUACGCGCGGGAGUUUUACCCGCGUCUGGACUUUGUCAAGCACUGCAUCGUUCCGGGAGAUCCAGUAUCUGAGCUGACCAGCCUAAGGAUGCCUGAAGCCUGA